AUGGGGAGCUCCAACAACCCCCGAAACACCCCCUACCUCCCCACCCCCUCCGAGCUCGCCCUCCUCGCCCUGUACCCCUCCAUCCUGCUCUUCGGCGCCCUCUUCUCCCUCCUCUCCCCAGAAACCCGCGCCGCGCCCUACGACGCCGUCCGCCAGGCCCACGUGCAAGACGCCGCGCUGGCGCCCUCCUAUUUCGCGCGCAAGGACAACGUGUUGAACGUCGCGUUCGUCAAGCGCGGCUGGGCGUGGGUGACGGUGGCGUUUGCGGUGUUCGUGGUCAGCCAUCCGGGGGUGGGCGGGUUGGGGGCGAGGGUUAGGGCCGGGGUCAGGUGGGCGGUGGUUACGGCUUGGUGGGUGGGCGUGACGCAGUGGUGCUUUGGGCCGCCGAUUAUUGAUCGGGGGUUUCGGUGGAGUGGGGGGAGGUGUGAGGUCGUGGAGGAGGCGGUGAGGGAAGGGGGGGCGGUGGGGGUGAGGGAGGUGUUGACUGCGGCGGCGUGUAAGGCGUCCGGGGGGAGUUGGAGGGGCGGGCAUGAUAUUAGUGGGCAUGUGUUUCUGUUGGUGUUGGGGAGCUUCUUUUUGCUGCAGGAGGUUGGGUGGGUUGCGGUGAGGUGGGCGAGGUAUGUGGGCGAGGAGAGGUCGGUGGUGAUGCGUGAUGGGGCUGUGAAGGGCGCCGGUGUCGAGGCGGAGAGGACGGAGAGGCAGCAGGAGGGCGUGGUGUCGACGGUGCUGGAGGCGUUGGGGCAUGGGGGGAAGCUCGCGGCUGUGGUGAUUGGGCUGUGUGGGUGGAUGUUGCUGAUGACGGCGAUAUACUUUCACACGUGGUUUGAGAAGCUCACUGGACUUCUCGUUGCCCUCGCUGGCCUCUUUCAUUGCGAAGGUACUCGUCGGGCCUUCAAAAACGGCACCUCCCAACCCCCGCCAGGGGGACCGCCCGACGACAUGGGGUCGAUCAAGAUCCCUGCCAACCUCCCAGAGUUGGUACGGACGGCCUUUAACCGCGCCCGCGCCAGCGGCGACGUGCACUUCUUCCCGACGCAGGUCACCCUGGUCAAUGUCAACUCGGUUCCAGUGCGUCUUUGCCCAUCAAACACGAUGUUCCAACUCCGCUUCUCGCCCGCCCUCGCCAACAAACCCAGCGCCCCGCAACCGCCCGCUCCCUCAACCGAUGCCGUCCCGACGCUCUCCUCCCCACCCCCAAAAGAAACCGAGACCAAGAAACCAACCUCCAAACCCUUCUUCGACCCCUUCGACAACCCCCCCGCCACCAUGCUCAUAACCCCCCUCGGCCCCUCCCACAACCUCGUCCUCAACAAAUUCGCCAUCGUCCCCGAGCACUUCAUCCUCGCCACCCGCUCCUUCAAAGAACAAACCCACCUCCUCGAGCGCGCCGACCUCCAAGCCGCCUACGCCUGCAUCCAGGCCUAUCACGCCCACCCCCCCACAACCACAACCCCCACCGACACCAACCCUAAUACCAACCCCAACACCGACCCCAACACCCAGGGAGCGCAGAAGAAGCAUACAAAAGAAGAACGCGACCUCUACGUCUUCUUCAACUCCGGCCCGGCCUCCGGCUCCAGCCAGCCCCAUCGCCACAUCCAGCUGCUGCCCGUGGCGCGCAUGCGUGAGGGUUUAGGUGGGGACGGGGAUACGGCGUGGGAGGUGCUGGCGGGGUCGCUGGUGCACGAGGAGGUGCGCCGUCGGGUGCCGUUUACGACGUUUGUGGAGCGGAUUGGGGAGGGGGUGGAUUUGAUGGCGGUUUAUUUGCGGUUGUAUCGGCGGGCGUGCGAGGCGGUGUUGGGAGUUGGUGAAGGGGGUGGGGAGGCUUUGGGGACGGAUGGGGGGGUGGAGGGGGUGCAGGCGAGGGUGGAUUAUAAUUUGGCGAUGACGAAAGAGGUUAUGGUUAUUGCGCCGCGGGUGGUGGAAGGGGCGGGGGUGAGUGUGCCUGGGGAAGGGGGCGCGAGGAGGGAGGUGGGGAAGCUGGCGCUGAAUGGGACUGUGCUGGCGGGGACGGCGCUGGUGAAGACGCAGGCGGAGUGGGAUGCGCUGAGGGGAGAGCCGGAGCAGUUGGUGGAGAUUCUGGGGAGGAUAGGGGUGCCGAAGGUUAAGGCGCCCGCGCCGGCUUAG